CUACUGUGCAAAAUUUAGUACUGUUGUGCAUGAAUUGAAGUGAUCCCUGAAAUAAAGUGACAUCCAUAAUUUCACCUGGUGUCUCUAUAGUCCUGUUUUGUUAGUUUUAUGUCUUUCAGAAAACAAAACAGCCGUACCUUAGUCGAAGGGGAAAAAUGAAGUUUUAGAGAACAAUUUUAUGGAAAGUAUUAGAUUAUUUUCCAUCCAGUAAGUAGUAGUCCUUAGAAAACGGGAAUAGGUUCGUAGUUUAUAGGGAUAUUAUAUGUAUAAAAAAUAAAUAUGUAACUAGAAAAAAGUGAAAAUGAGUUAGAAUAAAACGACAGUGAUAUUAUAAAAGUUGUAAUGAUUUUAGAACUAUGAUAAGAAAGCCGUUGUACCCAUUUCUAGGGAACAUAUAGCUUAUGUUUGAUUGUUAUUGAUCUGGAUAUACGCAAAUGUUUUAACCUUAAGUGAUCCGAGUUGAUGAAUAUGUCUACAAUGCAGCGGGAUAGUUUUUCCAUUUAUUUUUAUCAACUUAGCUGAACAAUGACCAUAACCGUACUUUAUGAUUUAUAAAGAUACAUAUGGAACUCUGUACUACAAAACAUUUUGUUGUUUGCUAAAAGUUGAUGGAUAUAAAAGAUUAGGAACAGUGUAUCACUCUAUCUAGUCAUUUGAUAUUAUAACACUCCUAACAACAUCAUCUAAUAAGCUCUUUAUACAGUAUUUAGUUCAUACAAACGGUAGAAAAUAAAAAUAACCUAGAAACUCAAGAAUAUUUGGACUUUAAUCACAUGAAAAAAUUAAUUAUAAACUAUUAUUGAAUUGAGAUACCAAUGAAGCGAUUUUUGAAUAUCGCUAAAAACAAAACAGUAAUUUCUCAGUGAAUCGAAGAUAUUCUAACCAAAUUAAUUAAGUUUGAUGUUCAUGAAAAAUAUAUGCACUUUUAUCAAUAUACUAUCAGUUUACUCAAUAUUAACAAAAUAGAAAACUUUUCUUUCAGGGUUUAAGUCUUGAAGAUCAACAAAAAAUUCUAUCAAAAUAUUUAUCUACCUCGAAUAUGCUCUAUCUUUUCAUAAUGGUGAGUAUUAAUAGUUGAAUUCAUGAGUCAAUUGAAGCUAGACCGUAAUGGAAAACCUGGAAGCACUGGAUGGCCGUUUCGUCCCAGUACGAGACUCCUCAGCAGUGCGCAUCCACGAUCUCGCCUCAUGAGAUUCGAACCUAGGAUCUAUCAGUCUCGCGCGCGAGCGUUUAACCACUGAAUCGAUAUCAAAUGUCUGUUUGAUCGAUUAUGGCUUAUGAGUUCUGUGGUGCGUGCUACUUAUAUUGAUAUAAGUAGUAUAUAACGUGAGUCAAAAGAACGUAACGUCUGGCAGCAGAAGAUGGAGAAGAUCAAGAAAAGAAGAGCGAGAAAACAAUGGAAUUUGUAGGAAAUCGCAUGAACAAUGAAAUGCAAGACAAUGGAUUGAGGUUUGCAAAAGCAACAGUCCGGUUUGAUAUGAUAGAAUAACAUUUUGCAAAUUAACGAUUUACUAUAUGGUUUUUCUAUUUUACCAAGUAAUUCUGUAAUUUGUCCUAAAUACAAUUUGGUUGUCCUCACCCGUGUUCUCCUUCACUACAUUUGGUGUCGCUGCCCCCACUAAGGAUGAAGAUUCCAUGGCCGAAGGAGUUUGGGGCCGUGGUGGAGCUGUUGGGAGUGAAGGGGCCGAAGGCGAAGCUGGUGGUGCUGGGGACGCUUCUGAGAGGCAGGGCGAAGGCUGUGUAUGACAGCUUGGACGGUGCUGACGAGAAGACGACAUGGGAGACAGUCACGGAGCGGCUGGCGGCGGGGUUUGACAGCCCAGUGGACAGGGAGGACGCGCUGCAGAAGUUCCGGCUGGCGAGGUUGCCGGUCGAUGGUGACCCACUGGUGCUGGCUGUGGAGCUUACCAGGUUGUUACGCCGUGCGCUGCCGAGUCUGGAUGAGGAGUCGGAGGCACAGUUGUUGGCGUCACAGUUUAUCGAGAGUGUGCCUGCCACCGUCUCCCAACAGCUGAAACUCGUGAGCGCAGCGCAACCGAUGGGUAUCAGUGAACUGGCGAAGGUGACUCGUCAGCUGAUGACGCGAACAGUAGCUCCGGUCGGGUGCGAAAAGCAGGAGAUGAGUAAUGUCGAGAAGAAGAUUGAGGAGCUGGAGCGUGAGAUUGCAGCAAUACGAGUGAACAAUAAAAGGAACGAUAAAUGUUACGCUUGUGGAGGGACAGGACAUUGGAAGAUAAACUGUCCAACAAGACGAAGACACAGAUAUGUUAGACGUUACAACGAGUGUUCUUUCUAUCCUAGGAAUCUGGGGAUUGUUGCGUUAGUAGACAGAGGGGCAGUAUAUACGAGAGUGAACAUAAAUGAGCGAGAUUUAGUUUGUCUGAUCGAUACAGGUGCAGCAGUAUCGUUAAUAGGCAAAGAGCAAUGUAAGAGAAUCAAGCCGUGUACAUUAGCUGUCCACACGAUAGGGGGCCAUAUGUUAGAGGUGUUUGGCGUAUCUAACAGUAUCAUAAAAUUGGGGGAUGCUGAGAUAAAUUUUCCGUUCGUCGUAACCACAAGCUUAUCGAGACCGAUAUUAGGAGCAGAUUUCCUAAGAGAAGUAAAAGCGAUAGUUGACUUAAGAAGCGGUAAGGUGGUCACGAAAUAUGGUUCAUUGACAGUACACGAAAGUAGCGAAGUGGCUGAAAUAAGAGUUGCAGCGGAUGUCUCGUCAAAGAAACCAAACAUUCACGAGUUAUGCAAAAAGUAUGCGAAACUAUUCACUGGAGAUGGGGAGCCGUAUGGAUUUUGUGACAGAGUAAAGCACGAAAUACCGAUAAAGAACAGUCGAGUAAAUAUAUUUGCAACACGUUGUGUCCCGGUGCAUUUAGAGGCCGAGGUAAAUCGUCAGGUCCAGGAAAUGUUAAAAGAAGGUAUAAUUGAGGAAGCGGACAGCCCAUAUAGCUCGCCGGUACUCUUGGUAAAGAAACCAAAUGGAAAGUAUAGAUUUUGUGUCGACUUCAGAGAAUUGAAUAAUAUAACAGACCUGAAGCCUUGUGCAAUGCCAACAGUGGUGGAAACAUUAGAUCGGCUACAGAAUGCCACAGUGUUUACAGUGCUGGAUUUACGGUCAGGUUAUUGGCAACUGCCUAUAAAACAGAGUGAUCGAAGCAAGACAGCGUUUACUGUACGUGAUAAACAGUAUCAAUUUAAACGAAUGCCGUUCGGGUUGGCGGGUGCACCGUUCACGUUCAGAAAAUUAAUGACACUACUGCUCAAGAAUCUAGAUAAUGUUGAGGUAUAUGGCGACGAUGUAGUUGUGUACAGUCAAACAGAAACAGAUCACAUCAAGCAUGUGGAAGCGGUCUUAAAGCGAAUUGACGAAUUUGGACUUCGGAUUAAUAAGGACAAGUCGCAGAUAGCGAAAAGUAGCGUCACAUUGUUGGGACAUAAAGUGGGAAAUGGAGAAAUAAAACCAUUGCCGGAGAAAAUUCUUACCAUAAGAAAUAUUGCAGUACCUAAUUCGAAAAGGAAGUUGAGACAGUUCCUGGGAAGAGCGGCGUUCUACAGUCGGUUUGUCAAGAAUUCCAACGAAAUAGCAGCACCCUUAUAUAAGUUAUUGAGCAGCACCAAGUUUACGUGGACUGAGACUGCCGAACAAACGUUCAACCGAAUCAAAAACAUGCUAGACGACCGCCAGAUGACGCUCAGACUGCCUGAACCGGGAAGACUGUUUACAGUGGCCACAGACGCGAGUGAUCAUGGUAUAGGUGCUGUGUUGAGUCAGGCUGAUAGAGUGGUGGAAUAUGCGAGUCGCGUCCUCACACCCGCUGAACGGAAGUAUUCAACCAUCGAAAAGGAGUGUUUAGCGAUCGUGUGGGCAGUGGAAAAAUGGAGACCAUACCUCUUAGGUAGACGAUUUCACAUUGAGACCGACCAUAAACCCCUGCAGUGGUUGAAAACAGCAAGAGACCCCCGAGGGAAGUUGGCGCGAUGGAUGAUACGCCUGCAAGAAUACGAUUUCAGUAUCGGCCAUGUUCCAGGAAAAGAAAAUGUAAUGGCGGAUUACUUGUCAAGACCAGACAUGGAAGCCGACCUGCCAUUAACAGCAUACGCGGUGAAUAGUUUAGAGGGAGACCCAUUAGAACUCGUCCGGUAGCAGAAAGCUGACCCUAACCUUCGAGAGGUAAUCAGAGUGAUAAAAGAGGGAGCAGACGUAGAUAAACGAACAAUGGACAAGGAGGUAAUAACGCUGCUUCGGCAAAAGGAACGACUGAGAGUGAACUCAUAUGGAGUGCUGACCUGGCAGGACGAUGAUGAGAAUUGGGUGGUGGUGAUCCCGAAAGACUGUCGGCGUAAAGUGAUACACGAGUGUCACCAGGUAGCACAUACAGGCAUCGCAAGAACGACGGACUUACUACGACAAAGUGCAUACUGGCCGAGCAUGAGGGACGAUGUGGCUGAAUACGUGUUAACCUGCCAGCAGUGUCAGCUAAUGAAAAGCGAUCGAUACAGACAACCGCCAUUACAGUCAAUCCCAGUAACCGCAGUCGGUGAUCUAUGGUCGGUGGAUGUGAUGGGACCGUUUCCACAGACGGCGAGCGGUAACCAGUACCUGUUAGUGAUGACGGAACAUGCUACACCUUGGGUAGAUGCCGUACCCAUUGCAGACCAGCGGGCAAGGACAGUGACCGAGGUGGUAAUCCGGCAUAUUGUAGCGUGUCACGGAAUACCGAAGAUGAUAUUAACUGACCAGGGUCCCUGUUUUGAAAGUGACGAGUUUAAAGCCCGUUUAAAGCAGUUUGGCAUCAAGAGAAUACGAACUACACCGUAUCAUCCUCAGACAAACGGGCUUACAGAGAGAAACAAUCGAACGUUAAAGGAAUGGUUAGCAUCAAAAGGAGGAAAUUGGGAGAAAGAGCUACCAUUGAUUUUGCUGGCACAUCGUUCCUCUACACAAGGAACAACCAAGAAGUCACCUUUCUUGCUCAUGUAUGGCAGACAACCACGACUUCCAAUGCAUAAUAAGACCUGGCCACAACAACAGAAGUGGACG